AUGAUAUAUGAAAUAAUAAAUGCGACAUACGGUUCAAUGUCAGAAGAUGAUUUGGAAAAAAUGGUUGAAGAAUUGACAAAUGAUCCGACUUUGGUUCGAGAUAUUGUUCCAUUUUUAAUUGGAGGAUAUUCGGAAGAAGUUAGGAAAAGUCUAUCAUAUACAGCAGCUGAUAUGUUUUUAUGGGUUGCUUAUGAAGAUCAAUUGAUUGAUUUGGAGUGGGUUUUUUGAGGGAAAUUUGAGAGAAAAUUUUGCCUAAAAUCGAGAUUUUUUGACGAUUUCUAGUCAAAAUAAUGUCGACGAAGUUUUAGCGAAAAAAUUCACUGUUUCGAAAAAGCCUAUAUCUACAAAUGCACAAAUUUUUCAAAUUUGAGUUAAUAAUUUUUAACAAAAAAAUCCAGACGUACUUGAAAAUUGGCGCCAAAAAAAGAUUUAGCAAAAGUCUGAAUUUAUCAGUGAAAAAAAGGUCACUGUUUCAAAAAUAAUUUAAUAAAAAUUGGAGAAUUUUCAAAUUUGUUUAUACUCCGGCAAACCUCACCCAAUACCUGGAAUUCCAGGUGGGCAAUUUUUUUUCGAAAAAUCUAGGUGGGCAAAUUUUUUUAGGGUCUUCAAGGCGAGCCUUAGGUGGGCAAAUUUUUUUAGGGUCUUCAAGGCGAGCCUUAAGUGGGCAAAUUUUUUUUUUUAGGGUCUUCAAGGCGAGCCUUAGAUGGGCAAAUUUUUUUUAGGGUCUUUAAGGCGAGCCUUAGGCGGGCAAAUUUUUUUAGGGUCUUUAAGGCGAGCCUUAGGUGGGCAAAUUUUUUUAGGGUCUUCAAGGCGAGCCUUAGAUGGGCAAAUUUUUUUUAGGGUCUUUAAGGCGAGCCUUAGGCGGGCAAAUUUUUUUUAGGGUCUUUAAGGCGAGCCUUAGGUGGGCAAAUUUUUUUAGGGUCUUCAAGGCGAGCCUUAGGUGGGCAAAUUUUUUUAGGGUCUUCAAGGCGAGCCUUAGGUGGGCAAAUUUUUUUAGGGUCUUCAAGGCGAGCCUUAGGUGGGCAAAUUUUUUUAGGGUCUUCAAGGCGAGCCUUAGGUGGGCAAAUUUUUUAGGGUCUUCAAGGCGAGCCUUAAGUGGGCAAAUUUUUUUUAGGGUCUUCGAGGCGAGCCUUAGAUGGGCAAAAUGUUUUAAGGGUCUUUAAGGCGAGCCUUAGGCGGGCAAAUUUUUUUAGGGUCUUCAAGGCGAGCCUUAGGUGGGCAAAUUUUUUAGGGUCUUCAAGGCGAGCCUUAAGUGGGCAAAUUUUUUUUUAGGGUCUUCGAGGCGAGCCUUAGAUGGGCAAAAUGUUUUAAGGGUCUUUAAGGCGAGCCUUAGGCGGGCAAAUUUUUUUUAGGGUCUUUAAGGCGAGCCUUAGGCGGGCAAAUUUUUUUUAGGGUCUUUAAGGCGAGCCUUAGGCGGGCAAAUUUUUUUAGUAGGUGGGCAAUUUUUUAAAAUAAACCCAGGUGGGCAAUUUUUUACCCACUCCUCCAGGUUCUUGGGUGAGGUUUGAUACUCCGGUAAUAUAAAAUUUUUUGAUUCCACCUUUUGCCGCCAAAAAUGCAACGAAAAUCCAAAUUUUUCAAUAAAAAAAUUGACUGUUUCAAAAUUUUCAAAAUAAAAAUUUCAAAGUUUUAAUUUUGAUUUCACGAUAUCUUUUAUAUAAAUUUUUUUCAGUAAAAAUAAAAUUCACUGUUUCUAAGAAAUUCAGAAAAUUGCACUUUUGAUCAAAUUAUUUUUGCGCCAAGAACAUUCCACGUGGCCAUUUUUUAAGUUAGAAAAAUGUGCUUUGGCGCCAAAAAAUCAAGGAACAUUCAAUUUGUUCAGCUAAAAAAGUCACUGUUUCAAAAAAAAUUAUAACAAUUCAGAAAAUUUCAAUUUUAUUCCUUUGGGCGAAUACGGUUGAAAUUAAAAAAAACUUGAAUAAAAAUUGCAAAAUUUUGAAUUUGAUGGUGCAUUGAUUAUUAAUGGGUGAUUCAGGUCGAAAAAAACUAAAAAUGAACGAUUUUUUACAAAAAAUUCGAUUCAGCAAAUGUCAAAAAACUUUUUUUUUAAUCCUAUUUUUUGACAUUUUUCGACAAUUUUUUCAUUGAAACGUUUUCGCUGCGAGAUAUCUUUCAUUUUUGUGUGGAAAAAAUAGGGUUUUUUGACAUUUGCUGAAUCGAAUUUUUUUGUAAAAAAACGUUUUUUUUUUGUUUUUUUUCGACCUGAAUCACCCCAUAAUAGAAAAUUAUUGAAUUUACCGGAAAUCUACGCGGCGAUUUUUUUUUGAAAAUUUUAGUUUGAAAAAUUUGACACCAACAUCCAUCAAAAUACAAAAUAAGAAGAAUAAAAAAAAUUUUGUUUGAAAAAGUUCACUGUUUCAAAAAAUCUUGAUUAAAAAGUGCAAAAUUUCGAAAUUUUAUAGGAAUCCAUCAUAGAUUUCAAAUAAUUUUCCAAAAUCCAUACAGAGUUCAGCUCUAAAAAUCCAAAUUUUCAGCGCGAAUUUCUAUCUCUGGAAUGAUAAAGUAUUGGGAAAUUGUUUCACAUUCAAUCAUAUGAACUCAUCCUACGAAUAUUUGGCUCGAAAUUCCGGAUUUCACGGUGGUUUGGCAAUGGAAAUGAAUCUACAACAAUCUGAAUAUUUACCAUGGACUGAAACUGCAUCGGUUAUGGUAUUUACGUCAACUUCGAAAGAAGUUAUCACAUCGGAAAGUGUUCGAAUUAAUUGUGAACCUGGUUUUGGAUCGAGAAUUCAAAUUGAGAGAGCUGAUUAUUAUAGGUAACAAGAUUUUUUGAGCUGAAUAUUUCGAAAAAUAAUCUAAUUUGACUGAAAAAGUUGUUUGAAAAUUUUUUAAUUUCAGAUUUUGAAUCAAACAUAUUCAGAAAAUUCUAUUAAAUUCAAAAGAUUUCAAAAUUAUUCAUAAAAAAUUUAGAAACAGUGAAAAAAUUCUAAAAUUUUUUUCGAGUAGGAUUUUUUUUAUUUGAGGCUGAUGUUUUAGCCAAAAAAAAGAAGAUUUAUGAUAUGUUUAGUCUAAAAAAUUCAGAUUUUUUUACUGUUUCAAUCAAUCCUGAUUUUAUUGCAGACUUAGCGGAAAAUAUGGAACUUGUGUGACUUCGAUCAAACAAGUUGCUGCAUAUUAUUAUGAUGGAGAUUAUACUACUGAUGUGAGUUUUUCUGGAUUUUUAACUCACGAUCAGGCGAAAUUUUGGAAUUUUUAAUGUAAAAUUCUUGAAAAUUUAUGGAUUUUCAUGUUUUUUGUAUCAAAAAAUCACAAAUUUCUGAAUUUUUCACCCAAAUAAUCGAUAUUUGCUGCAGGGUUGUAUUCGUUCUUGUUAUCAAUUUGUUGUCAAUCAAACAUGUUCUUGUAUGGAUCCAAGAUAUCCAAUGCCAACUGAUGCCACCUCUUGUAAUAUUACACAGAGUUAGUUUUUUUGGUGUCAGAAAUUUGCCACGUUUUUUAAAAUAUAAUGUUCAAUGGACAAUAAUCAAAUUGAAUUGAUUGUUGGAAAAAAAUUGUAUAAAUUUUGAAACAUUGAAUUUUUGUGGGGAAAUUAUUUUGGGAAUUUAGAAUUUUCCACGUGCUUCAAAAAUGUUUGAUAUGAUUGGAAAGGAAUGAUCAAAGAUAAUAAAUUAUUCAGAAAAUUAUAAAAAUGUUGAAACAGUCAAUUUUUCUGACCAGAAAUUUGUAAAUAUUUUAAGAAGGUCUGUUUUUCCACAAAAAAGUUUCAACGAAUUUUCCAAAAAAUUUACUGUUUCAAAAUUUUUAGUUAUUUUUGAGGGGUUUUUCCGGAUAUUCAAUAAGCUUAAUGCAGCAUAAACAAAUUUCCAGAAAUGGUGAAACAGUGAAUUUUUCUGCUUUGAAAUAUGAAAAAAUUUCUAGAUUUUUUAAACAAAAAUAAAUAAUUUCUAAAAUUCGCCGUGUGGCGUUUGAAAACUAGAAUUUUUAAAUUUUAUUAUUUCAAAUCUUACUGCUUCAAAUUUUUUAAAAACAUUUGAGCUGACUGUUUUUGGAAAUCAACGAAACAUUGAAUGUCUCCCGAAAGUUUAUGAAAAUUUUGAAACAGUAAAAAAAUUAUUUGAUUUUUUUUGCGAAAACUUUUCUCGGGUUAAUUUUUCAAUUUUCCAAAAAAAUGCACUGUUUCAAAAUUUUUAAUUUUUUUUGAGGGGGUUUUUUGGGAUAUUCAAUAAGAUUAUUUCAGAAUAAACAAAUUUCCAGAAAUGGUAAAAAAGUGAAUUUUUCUGCUUUGAAAACUAGAUUUUUCAAUAAAAAUAAUUAUUUUGUGUUGAAAUUUGUCACGUGGCGUUUGAAAAUUAAAAUUUUUAAUUUUUGAGCUGUCCGUUUUUGGGAUUCAACGAAGCAUUGAAAGUCUCCCAAUAAUUUAUAAAAAUUUUGAAACAGUAAAAAAAUAUUUUUUUUUUUGGAAAAAAAAUUUUAUAUCGUUUUUGUACCAAAAAUUCAUCCAAAACCACAUUAUUCCUUUCAGAAAAUUGCAUCGAUAAUUUGGUGGAAGAAAAAGGUGAUCCGUCAGAUUGGUCAACAUGUAUUUGCCCAAAUCCCUGUUCACAAAUCGUCUAUUCUUCUCAAUUAUCACGUGCUCCAAUAACUCAAAAAAUCACGGAAUGCGAAAAAAAUGGACAGAAAAACACGACUUGCUAUGCGAAAUACGAGGAUAUGGCACAAUUGGAAAUUUGUCUGCCAAAAUUGGAAUUUUUGAUUUAUCAAGAGAAACCGCUGAUGGAUUUUAAUAAGUUUUUAUCGUAUUUGGGAGGCAUUUUGAGCAUUUUAAUUGGAGUUUCGAUUGUUUCAUUUAUUGAGCUCUUUUUCCUAUUUAUGCAGAUUUUUUAUGUUUUGAUUUUUAAUAAGAGAAUCUGA